UUCAACACUGACACGGAUUUGGCUGACUGACUUCUGACACUCAACAAUGCAGGCCAAGCCACAAAAGUUUGAAACGUUAUCUUUACGCACGGGGCUGGCUGUGAGAGGACUCGGGGGUGACAGCAGCUGCGCGCCCAUGGAUCAGGCUACAAGUGUUGGUUUCUCUGGAUCCCUGCGGAAAGUCAUUUGAAGAGUUUAGGAGGAGACAAAAACAGCCUCACCGCAGUGGUAAAGGAAAUCCAUUAGUCUCUCUGUACUGGAUUUACCAGAUCUCCGAGGGUUUAUAACUGGAAUAUCAGUUAAGCUUAUAGGUUCAUAUAUUUUCUGACAUUUUUUACUUUUAGUAGUACCCAUUUGGUUUUUGUGAAUCCCCUGAAUAAUCGGAGUCACUUUUGGAGAAUUACGCACGCGAUUUCUCUAACAAAUGACAGCCUCUAAGUGGUUUGUGGCUCCCUCACUUCAUCCCCUCAGCUCCCUUGAUCGAACCGACUCAGAGUAUCACCCCUCUCACCAGGUUAGACGCGAGAAGUAAAAGCCUCCCAGUCUCUUCCAGUGCGCCAGCGUGCGGCCGCGGGCCACCUGGCCGAGAAUGUGGGGAGGAAGUUUUCAGCUGUCUGUCACCGCGAUUGUGACUCUGCUUCUGGUCAUUAUUGACGUGAAAGCGAGCGGGGAGUUUUGCCACGGCUGGCACGACUCUCAGGGAGUCUGGAAAGAGGGCUUCCAAUGCCCGGAGAAGAUAGACGGAGUGGACGCAAUUAUCUGCUGCGGGAAAUGCGAGCUCCGCUACUGCUGCUCCAGCACGGACGCACGGCUGGAUCAGGGGAGCUGCGAUAACGACCGGCAGGCACCGGAGCCCGGGACAAACAACAAAGAGAACAAGGACUCCGGUGCAGUUCCCAUCUAUGUGCCAUUCCUCAUCGUAGGCUCAGUGUUUGUGGCAUUCAUCGUGGUGGGCUCUGUGGUCGCCGUGUGCUGCUGCCGGUGUCUCCGACCCAAGCAGGAAUUGUCCUCUGGAGGCGCAACAGGAAGUGGGGCCAGUGGUGGUGGGCGUCUCUUGGAAACCAUCCCUAUGAUGGCGAGCACCUCCAGAGGUUCCUCGUCCCGCCAGUCCAGCACAGCCACCUCAUCCAGCUCGUCUGCUCCAGCAGCUGCCCCCCGCACUGCCCCGCCUCCUGUCAUGCGGGCCCAGGCCUCCUGCUGCUUGCCCCCUGAUGCCAGCGUCUUCGUCAACAUGCCCACCAACUUUUCUGUACUCAACUGCCAGCAGGCCACCCAAAUCAUGCCUCACCAGGGGCAGUUCCUGCAUCCGCAGUACAUCGGCUAUGCCCACCCCGUGUCCUCGACCCCGACCUACUUGGACCCCAUUCAGGGAGGCUAUAGACCCCUCCAGUCACCCUGCCCUCCUCCCACUGCUGGCUCCAGUGUCACCAGUGACCAGAAACACCAUCCAGUGACAGUCUGAUGAGAGGCCAACCAACAGACCACUGAACCACUCUGUUUGCAAAGAUUAACUUGUGAAGUUUAACCUGUGAGGGCUGUGGCAGAGACCUUUGAGCACACUGCCAGAGUGGGGGGGAAAAAGGCAGGGAGUCAGACUCACAUGAAGGACUCAUAAAGCUGUUCCUGGUAGCCGGACCUGCCCUGUAAUUGUGUGUGGUUUGUGUCUGUUCAGUGUUUUGUAUGAAAGGUGGAAUGAGCUAAGCUCAGCCUGUCAUGGGGUAAGACACAUGCAUAAAUAUUCUCUGUCUGGAUGCAAAGACAAAACUGCAUCUCUGAGAAUUAUACAGCCCAGAUGAGUAAUAAUGCACAGUUCACUGCAGUCUGGAGCUCAAGUAAAGGCUGCAUGUAUUUGUGUUUGCAUGGAUUUGUGUGUAAGAAAAAGAUUUGCAGGCUUAUAUGUGCAGGAAUGAGUGAUGACUGGAUGAUUUAUAGCAGUGGACUGUAUGAAAAAUGGAUAUUCAAGCAAAAAAAAUAUAUGACCACAUGCUGUGUUUAUACCAUGUGCACAUCUGUGCUUGUGAAUGAUUGUGAGUGGUUUAUAUAAUACAGUAUAUUUUUGUUUGUGUUGAAAGUAUGAGGAAAGAAAGCAUGUGGAUAGAUGUUUGUACUGUACGUGUGUGAGUCUGGGAGAGUGUGAAGUGUGGAGGGAUGCGGUGGAUGUGUGAGUAACUGUGAGUGAACUGUGUGUAAUGGGAAAUGCAGGUGGUGUGAUGUGAAAGGCAGUCGCAGUCUCCCUGUAGGCCAUUUAAACUCUAAUGAAGUGAACACAGGACACAGACUGUGACGCUCCACCCUGCUAUACAACCCACCCCAGCGCCACCCGGGAAGCACAAAACAAAAAAAACCCAAAAAGAAAUACAAAAACCCCAACUGCCCCAAGCGGAAACACACUCAAAAGAUCUAAAAAAAAAAAAAAAAGACAAGAUUCACAAGGCGACCUGUUAAUGUUCCUUGGAUGUGUGAGUGUGUGACGGAGAAUUGAGCGGAAGUUCUCUGAAGAUUACAGUUAAUUAUACAGCAAAAACUCUGCCAGCUGUCCCCUUCACUUCUCCCCUGUGAGAGGUGUGUGUGUGUGUGUGUGUGUAUUUCACACCAGCACAGUUCAGUGCAUUAGCACGGGCAGCUCCAGGGCAACACUGAGUCAUUAUUUUCCACUUAGGAAAGGCACGGAAGUGGUCACUCUGGUUGUUAAUCUGUAAAAAAUAAGCCAAAGUUGCAGAAUUUUCUGCCAUUCUGUGUAGCGGUGUAAAGCUGGGCCACUGUAACUGAGGAACGUGCAGCUUGAGGAAUGUGCUGCUCCACUGAGCGAGCAGCCUGAGAUGUCCUUUAGUACUGAAACUGGUAUGUUUGCGUACCUUGUCUGUACUCCAACACAAUGUCUGUAAGACUCAAUGGGCAGCUUGGGUGAGGGGGGAAAAAAAAAAAAAAAAA